AUGGCCUUCCUAUGGGGCGUCUCGUUUCUGAUACUGUGGAAGGGGGUGAAGAGUAUGGGAAAGGCCUCCUUCAUCACGACGCCGGUGCCGUACCUUAUCGUUGGCGCCUUCUUCAUCCGUAGCCUCUUCCUUGAUGGCAUGGAGAUUGGCCUGUACGCGUAUCUGGUCCCCAAUUUCGACAAGCUGGCCGACCUCUCGACAUGGCGCGCCGCCCUCUACCAGUGCUGCAUGAGCCUGACGGUCGGCUACGGUGGCCUGCACACGAUGGCCUCCUACAACCGCCCGGAUCACAACUCUUUUCGGGACGCUUGGAUCGUGGUGCUGGCCGACUCGUUGAUGUCGAUAAUCGGCGGUUCGGCGGUCUAUGCGACGCUCGGCCAUCUGUCCUACGCGACCCAGAUACCGCUCGACCAGCUCGACGUCACCGGCAAGUUCGAGGCGAGGUGC